UUGAUCGAUUACUUAUUCAGUUCUUCGAGCUAGCGUCGGUGGCUGACUCUAACACUCGGAUUUCCGAAGCAGAAAGAGCUGCGCCGCCGCCGUUGCCGUCGCCAUGGGUCGCAUGCACAGCCGAGGAAAGGGUAUUUCCGCUUCAGCCCUUCCCUACAAGAGGACUCCUCCCUCCUGGCUCAAAAUCACCUCUGAAGAUGUUGAGGAGAAUAUCUGCAAGUUUGCGAAGAAGGGUCUGACCCCGUCGCAGAUCGGCGUGAUUCUCCGUGACUCCCACGGCAUUGCUCAGGUGAAGAGCGUCACCGGAAGCAAGAUUCUCCGCAUUCUCAAGGGUCAUGGACUUGCACCCGAAAUUCCUGAGGAUUUGUACCACUUGAUCAAGAAAGCAGUGGCUAUCAGGAAGCAUCUGGAGAGGAACAGGAAGGACAAGGACUCUAAGUUUAGGUUGAUUUUGGUUGAGAGCAGGAUUCACCGCCUUGCCCGUUACUACAAGAAGACAAAGAAGCUUCCGCCUGUCUGGAAAUAGUAAUUCUCUUGGUCCUAUUUUGAUCGAAUCAACCACUGCAAGCACUCUUGUGGCCUAGGCUUUGAAUUGCGGAGAGCACAAUUUGUGCCAAUUUGUGGGCAAAUUCUGAAUUUUGGCAUGGAACAUAUCUUUCAAGAAUUUUGUUCUUUGAUUAGACAAUGUUUUUAGAUAUUGAUGAUCAUUUUGGUUGAUGAUACAGUUUUGCUCUUUGAUUUCUUUUAAUCUUCUACUGGUUUUUAAUUUUUGUUUGA